CUCCAACCCCGGGGCGACCCCCGCGCACCGGACAGCCCCUGCUCCGGGUUCCCUGCUGGCUGCAUCUGCAGGUCAAAUCGCUCGCCGGGUACCCGGGACGCUGCCCUGGAUGGAAGCCCUGCGCCCUCAAUCCGGGAGGCAGAGCUUUCCAGUGCCCACGUACGCGCUCACCCCCUGCUUUCCUGUUUCUCAAAUUUGGGGGUAAGGAGGAACGAUGCCCACCAAAGGACUCUGGGCCUCCCUCCUUUGCCAGCGACCCCUCGAAAGGACCCCGUGGUCAGGGUUGCUGAGUACCCCAAGGCUGGAGGUGGAAGAGCCAGAGCCAGGAGAGUUUCCCGGACCUAGAACCCCCCCACCCUGUCUGCCACCCUCGGAGUCCCUGACCAUCAUCAGGUUCGAAGGUGUUCAGUUGGAUGUACUUUAGCACUGUGAUCGCUCUACAGAAACUAAGUCCGGGCGGGAAAAGCCCGGGCACAUGGCGAUUAUCAAAUCACACAUUUGUGCUUUACUGCUUUGCGUAGUGUUUCUAUGAGAACUGCAGGACACAGCCAGGCCCCGCCUCCUGCAGUCUUUGAGCGCGUGGUCCAGACUUCGCCGGAUGUUGAUGGCGUCGCCUAGCAACGAGAGAUGGCGGAGCGGGAGGACAAGGCUGACGGGCGUCACCACCAAUGGAAAACAAUGGCCAAGAAACUGAUGAAGACAGAGAUGCCCCCAAGGGCCCUGAAGAGGACACUGGAACUGAAGGUGAAGGCGGACUCAAAGAUGAAUCGGGGGAUGAUGAAACAGUCAGUGCUGAAAGAGAAGCCAUCCCUGAAGGGGAAGGGGAACCCAUCGGAGAGGGUGCCCCAGACACGGAAGUGGAGUACGCUGGAGAAACCACACCAGAGCCAGGCCUCGAAUCCAGUGGCGAAAAAGUAGCAGAAGUGGACCUGGAGGCCAUUGGAGAAGCCAUUCUAGACACACAGCUGAAAUCCCUCGGAGAUGCCAUCCCAAAGAUAGAAGUGGAAACCACUGGAGACGCCACACCAGAGCCAGGCCUCGAAUCCAGUUUCGAGAACAUCGCAGAAGUGGACACGGACGCCAUUAGAGAAGCCUUCCUAAAAGUGAACCUGGAACCCAUCGGAGAUGCCAUCCCGGAGAUGGAAGUGGAAUCCCCUGGAGACGCCACACCAGAGCCAGGCCUCGAAUCCAGUUUCGAGAACAUAGCAGAAGCGGAGGUGGAGGCCAUUGGAGAAGCCAUCUUAAAAGUGAACCUGGAAUCCAUCGGAGAUGCCAUCCCAGAGAUGGAACUGGAAUCCGCUGGAGAGGCCAGCCCUCAAGGGGCAGCGGAAUCCACGGAAGACGCCGCCCCAGCAGGGGGCUUGGACAUUUCUGGGAAAGAGGCAUCUGAGGGGUACACCUUCUCUGAGUUGGAUGAGUUCUCGGGAAGGCUCAGCUCUGCUGAGUUCACCUUCUCGGACAUCAGCCCCUGGGAAAUAACCGAAGAGGAAGCCAACGCUGCCUAUCUGUACCAAAGAACCAGACUCGAAGACACAUCCCAGCCAGGCUUCGGUGUAUAUGAGACCGUGGAACCGAGAGAGGAGAGACGGCCUAGCCCCGCAGCGGCCCCUCAAAGACCUUUUCCUAUGGGGGCACGCCAUCGCUUCAGACUGAGCAUCAUGGGAAGCCUGACUUCCUCGGAUAUCGAUUUCCAGCCGAAUACAGAGGAAGUUCCUGGGCAAGAGUCAGCACAGCCUCGCCCCCGGGAAGAAACCCAAAUACAGUUUCUAGACCAUGUCCAGCCCCUCAGCCCCGAGGAAGAGGCCCUGGUGGAAAGAGCGGCGUCCGAAGGGAGUGAGGAGGCAGACGACGAGAGUGCCCAACUGGUGGUUCUGGACCCAGACCACCCCCUGAUGAUCAGAUUCCAGGAGGCUCUGAAGAGCUACCUCAACCGGCAGAUAGAUAAAAUGAAGCUGGACAUCCAAGAGCUGGAUGUGGCCACCAAGCAAGCCCGAGUCCAGAGGCAGGAGCUGGGCGUGAACCUCUAUGGGGUCCAGCAGCACUUGGCCCGCCUGCAGAUGCAGCUAGAGAAAAGUCAUGACCGCCACUCUCUGGCCGCGAGUGAGAGGCGGCGGAGAGAAGAGGAGCUGCAGACCACCAGGGCCCUCUAUAACAAGACCUGCAUGACUGCCAACGAGGAACGGAGGAGGCUGGCAGCCCUGCAGACCGAGAUGGAGAGCCUGGCUCUGCACCUCUUCUACAUGCAGAACAUAGACCAGGACGUCCGCGAUGACAUCCGUGUAAUGAAGCAGGUGGUGAAGAAGACCGAGACAGAGAAGAUGCGUGCCGAGAUAGAGAAGAAAAAGCAGGAUCUGUUCGUGGACCAGCUCACAGAGAGGGCGCACCAGCUGGAAGAAAACAUCUCCCUGUUUGAGGCUCAGUACUUGUCCCAGGCUGAGGACACCCGAAUUCUCAGAAAAGCAGUGAGUGAGGCCACCACUGAGAUUGACACCAUUGUGGUGGAGAAGAAGCGUAUCCUCCAGCAGUGGACCACCAGCCUGGUGGGCAUGAAGCACCGUAACGAGGCGUACAGGACCGUGCUGGAUGCGCUCAGGGAAUGUGAACAUCAGGUUAAGUCCAUAGACGGUGAGAUCGAAGCCUAUAAGAGGUCCAUCAUGAAGGAGGAAGAGAAGAAUGAGAAUCUGGCCCGCUUCCUGAACCGCUCAGAGACAGAAGCCAUGCUAGUGCAGAAAAUGACCACCCAGUGCUUGAGCAAGCAAGAGGCCCUGCAGAGCGAGUUCAACACCUACCAGCUGGCCCUGCAGGACACGGAGGAAAUGCUGAACAAGAGCUCUCUGGAACACUCGGCAGUCUUGAGCGAACUCCAGGCGGCCCGCCAGGCUGUCCAUCAGGAGCAGGAGCUACGGCAAAAGAUGGAUGUCUCCAUCAUGGACAAGCUGCAGGAGCACGGGACCUCCAGCAAGAUGACCAAGUACUUCCAACAGCUCCUUCGGAAGCUGCAGAAGGAGAAUACCAACCUGGUGACACAUCUCUCAAAACUUGACGGCGACAUUGCUCAGGCCACCCUGGACAUCACCAACACUAGCUGCAAGGUGGACAUGCAUAAGAAGACGCUGGCGGAGCUGGACAAGGAGGUGAAGCGGCUCAACGACCUCAUCACCAACAGCGAGAGCGAGAUCGUGCGGCGCACCAUCCUCAUCGAGAGGAAGCAGAGCCUCAUCAACUUCUUCAACAAGCAGCUGGAGCAGAUUGUGUCCGUGCUGGGGGGGGAAGAAGCUGGACCCCUGGAACUGGAGAUCAAAAGGCUGUCGAAGCUGACGGAAGAGCACAACACGGGAGUGGCAGAGGCGCAGAUGAAAUGGCUGCGCCUGCAGCAGGAACUGGUCCAGGUCACACAUGAACGCGAGGAGCAAAUGGUGUCCCUGGACCAGCUCAAGAAGGAGAUGCACAUUAUGGAGCAAAAGAAGCUUCGCAUAGAGAACAAGAUUGAGCAAGAGAAGAAGGAACAGAAGGAGGUCCACCGGCACAUGAAGGACCUGAACAAUGACCUGACCAAACUCAACAUGCUGAUGGACAAGAACCGGUGUGACUCCGAGCAGCUGCAGCAGAGCAACCUGGUGGCCGAGACAGAGUUUGUGCGCACACUGAAGGACGCAGAGAGAGAGACCAUCCAGAUGGAGGAAAAGCUGACGCAGCUCCGUGAAGAAAAGACCACCCUCCUCAACAGCCUGGUGGAGGCCGAACACCAGAUCAUGCUCUGGGAGAAAAAAAUCCAGCUGGCAAAGGAGAUGCGCGCCUCAGUGGAUUCCGAUACCGGGCAGACAGAGAUCCGGGCCAUGAAGGCCGAGAUCCACAGGAUGAAGGUCAAGCACGGGCAGCUGCUGAAGCAGCAGGAGAGGAUGAUCCAGGACAUGGAGCUGGCUGUAAGCCGCAGGGAGACCAUUGUAGUCCAGGCUGAAGGGCAGAGCAAGAUAGACAAGAAGACCAUCACCAGAACAGACUUCCAUUACCAGCAGAAUGAGCUGCGAAAGAAAAUUAGGGACACGCACAAGGCCACAGAGGAAUGCAUCAAGACCAUCUCAGAACUGGAAGAAUCUCAAAAACUCCUAAGCAGCUCCCUUCAGGAGAAGCAGCAGUCCCUGUCAGAUAUGCAGGGUGACAUAGACGUUCUGGAAGAUGAGAUCAACAAGCUCACAGCUCUGAAACGGCAGAACCUUUUGGAGAUCGUGGCCCUGCAGACGCGGGCAAAAUACCUGCAGGCUGCAGUGGAAGGGAAGUACGUGCUCCUGCAUCGCAGCAGCAAGAGCCUGCUGAUGGAGCGCAAGCGUUUAGAUGUCCGGCUGGCCCAGUUCAACGCCGUCCUCUCCCAGGUGCAGGAAGAUUACCCCCAGUACCAGGAGGUGCUGAGAAAGAUUCAGCAGAAGAUUGUCAGCAAGCUGGAGCCCCGAGAGCCCUCCUAGACAGCACUUGGCCUGCACUUGCCAAGGCUGCCCUGAUGGAGACCCAGGGAAUCCCCCAUCCCUGUUCCAAAAAGCCACGUGUGCCCUAGAAUGACACCCUACUUAGGAGACACUGACAAGCCAGACCUGUAUGCAAUCACAGCCACUGUGCUGUUCACACCAGGUGUGAUGCUGGUCUGCUUGGGUGAACGCGCCUGCCGGCAGAGGCAUCACCUGGGCAUAAAAAUCCACUCUCUCCUGUGGGGCUUACCCAUCCAGGUAGGUCCAUUCUGUUGUCAGUUCCGCGACCUACAUCUGAUACCUAUCACACUGUCCUGGGACAGGCCCUCGGCUUUGUGGAGCAAGUAAGGGAGAGAGGACCCCACGGAACCCGGGGACAAGACUGCCUUGGCCCUCAAGUGUCUGCCCCAGCCCAUCUGAAGCCCACAAGCUAACCUCAUCCUGGUUCCCCAGCUCCACCCCACAGAAAGCUCCACCUUAUCCUGCCCCCAUCCCCUAUGAAGCAUUAAAAGAGAUCAAAACCCAAAGAUCAAAGCUAAGGACCCCAGGAUUCCAAGGAGGGCAAACAUCUACCUACAGAGGUGGUAACUACGUCAGUAAAGGGUCACCUGCCUGGCGCUCAUUCACCCACCUCUGACUGUUCUCUUCACCUCUGCCUCCCCUCCUCUGGGUUUCUGAGCACCGGCUGCCUUUGUGCUUCUGUAGCUAUGAAACAGAAAAUGUCCUGUGGAAUAAUUUCAGUUUUAAACUUUACAACAGAAAAAAUAAAAUUUACG